AUGGCGGCGCGGCAGCUGCUGCUGCGGCGGGCGGCGGCGCGCUGGCGGCGGGGCUACAGCAGCGCGGGCGCUGCCGAGUACCUGCACCGCAGCAUCGUGCCCACCAUGCACUACCAGAAGAGCCUGCCCAGACUGCCGAUUCCCAAACUAGAAGAUACAAUUAGGAGAUAUCUGAAUGCCCAGAAACCGCUUUUAAAUGAUGACCAAUUCAGGAAAACUGAAGAACUUGCUCAUGGCUUUGAAAAGGGAAUUGGAAGAGAGCUGCAUGAGCAACUGGUUGCUCAAGACAAUCAGAACAAGCAUACUAGUUACAUCACAGGUCCCUGGUUUGACAUGUACCUAAAAGCACGUGAACCUGUUGUUUUGAAUUUUAAUGCAUUUAUGUCUUUUAAUCCCGAUCCAAAAUCUGAAUAUAAUGAUCAGCUCAUACGAGCUACGAACAUGACUGUUUCUGCUAUACGUUUUAUGAAGACAUUCAGGGCUGGUUAUCUUGAACCAGAGGUUUUUCACCUCAAUCCAGAAAAAAGUGACACUCAGAUCUUUAAAAAAAUUAUCCGAUUUGUGCCUUCUUCACUUUCUUGGUUUGGUGCCUACAUGGUCAAUGCAUACCCCCUAGAUAUGUCUCAGUACUUCAGGCUUUUCAAUUCUACGCGGCUGCCUAAACUUGACAGAGAUGACCUUUAUACAGAUGAAAAGGCAAAACAUUUACUGGUACUGAGAAAUGGGAAUUUUUAUAUAUUUGAUGUUAUUGAUAGAGACGGAAAUAUGUUGAAACCUUCAGAAAUACAAGCACACUUGAAAUACAUCCUUAGUGACAGCAGUCCAGCCCCAGCCUUCCCUCUUGGCUAUCUCUCCAGUGAAAACCGAGAUACGUGGGCAUUACUGAGAAAGAAUCUACUGGAUAAUGGCAAUGAAGAAGCUCUUCAAAAAGUAGACUCUGCUGUGUUUUGUUUAAGUUUAGAUGACUUUCCCGUUAAAGACUUUGUGCACUUGUCUCACACUAUGUUGCAUGGAGAUGGUGCUAACCGCUGGUAUGACAAAUCCUUUAAUCUUAUCAUAACUAAGGAUGGCACUGCAGGAGUUAAUUUUGAACAUUCCUGGGGAGAUGGUGUGGCUGUGCUCAGGUUCCAGAAUGAAGUUUUUAAAGAUAGCACCAAGGCACCAGCCAUCAGCCCCCAGUCUCAGCCUGCUUCAGUAGACUCUUCAAGAGCAGUGCAGAAACUUGACUUCAAGUUGAAUGAUGCCUUAAAAGCAGGAAUUACCAAAGCCAAACAGAAAUUUGAUGCCAGUGUAGAAGCAUUGUCUCUUAAUAUGAUCCAGUUCCAUGAAGGGGGCAAGGACCUUCUAAAGCAGAAGAAGGUAAGCCCAGAUGCUGUGGCUCAGCUUGCCUUCCAGAUGGCUUUCCUUCGACAAUACAAUCAGACUGUUGCUACAUAUGAGUCUUGUAGUACUGCAGCUUUCAAACACGGUCGUACAGAAACUAUACGUCCUGCCUCUAUCCAUACAAAGAAAUGUUCAGAAGCUUUUGUCAGGGAACUGUCCAAACAUAGCACAGAAGAGCUGCAGAAGUUGAUAGUGGAGUGCUCAAAAUACCAUGGCCGUUUGACAAAAGAAGCUGCUAUGGGUCAGGGAUUUGACCGACAUCUCUUUGGCUUGCGCUAUUUAGCCUUAUCCAAAGGUAUUGCACUGCCCAAUUUCUAUCAAGACCAAGCCUAUGCUCGGCUUAAUCACAACAUCCUUUCUACAAGCACAUUGGUUAGCCCAGCUGUGCAAUUAGGAGGGUUUGGCCCAGUGGUGUCUGAUGGCUUUGGAGUAGGAUAUCAGGUACAUGAUGAUUGGAUAGGUUGUAAUGUUUCCUCUUACCCAUCUAGGAAUGGUAAAGAAUUCCUUCAGUGUAUAUACAAGUCACUAGAAGAUAUCUUUAAUGUUUUAAAGGGCAAGAAAAUAAGUAGUUAGACAUAAAAAUGUUGGAACACUUUACAGUUGCAGUACAAAAUGCAGACUGUGUCUAAUUAGUACACUAAUCAGUGUUCAAUGUGGCUGACACUGUCCAGCUUAAUUGGCUUCAUUUAUCUUCAUUGAACUUGAAUACUGUUAGAUUCACUAUGAAAUUUGUAUCUAUUUUAAAGAAAUCAGUUACAGACCUUGAAUGCAUAUUUUCGGAAAUACAAACAUUCACAAUGUCAAAAUGAAGUAACAGAUCCAUCUGUUCCAACAGAUCUACAUGUUCUUAAAACACAUUAUUUAAAAUAAAAAGCAUUGUUACCAAGUUUGUGAACUCGGAACAUCUGUGUUCCAUGAGUGUUCAGACAACAGCACUGUGAUACCACUCUUAAACUGUUUGAUUUUAAUAAAAUAUAUGCAAUAAUUUUAAAUAUGAAAGAGUGGCUAUAUUUGCACUCUUGCAGUAAGCUUGCUUACUAACUUGUCACACUUACUUUUCUCCUUAAACUUGAAUCAAUAUUGGAACUGAUUGUGCCUCAACUGCUUGAAGCCUUUCCACUCUAACAGCUUUUUGAGAAAGAAAAAAUGGCAGUGGGAAGCUUUAAGUAACCUGCAAUCACCAACUGUGUUGUUAAAUUGACUGGAAAAGACUGUAUUGUAAUAAAGUUAUCUAUUAAUAACCACAAAGUUCUUUUAUUGCCAUAUCAAAAUUAGACAGUAUGGGUAGCCCCUUUAUCAAUAGCUCAUGUUUCUUAUAAAGGUUGAUAAGAAUACUACUGAAAGCAUGCUGCAAUGUGGGCUUUCCCCUCCCGUAUGUGAAGUCUGUCCAAUAAUCUCUUUUGUUUUGCUAUGUAAACCUGUGCUCUUGUGCCUUAAAAAAGAAAAAUCGCUGAACUUUAUCUUUUGGCGUUCUCUUUUUCCAAACUUCCUCUUACUGUGGCAAAGUAACCUCAACAGAACGUUUUCCUGUUUCCUCCUUGCUCUAGCAGCUAGAACUUUUGACGUUAUUUAUUGUAGCAAAUGCCAGAGUCUUAGUGCCUAGAGCUGUGUCUUUAAUCAUUGGGGCUUGUUGUAGAAUUUCUAAAGACUACUCUGAAGGAUUACAGGAGAGCUUGAGCACAGACAUCAGUAAAACUUAGCGAUGCAGUGAGCGCGAGGUGAAACUGAUGCAGACAAGUUUCUCGUCUGCUGUU